AUGUUAUAUCAUACACGAAAUUGGGCGCUUAUGAUGAUCCAAGAAGGGGCCUUGAAUUCCCGAUUUUCGCCACGGGAGCAACAUGGGGAGAUCAAAAAGCCAUUUCCUCAAACUCUAUUUAUUUUGGAUAUUAAAAUUCAAGGUCUUCUUUUGCUCUUCUCUUUCUAUUUUCUUUCUCUGUUUUUGUCUUGCAGUUUCUUUCUUUCCUUCAUGAUUUCUUUCUUGGCUUUCUUUUUCUACUUUUAUUUCUUUUUCACCUUCUACAUCUCUUGCUUUCUUUCUUUCUUGCUUACUUCCCGUCUCGUUAAUAUUUAUUUUCUGCCUAUUAUUCUCUUAUUUCUUUUCUUCUUGAUUUCUUUCUUGUUUAGUUCCUCUAAUUUUUUCUUCAUUUAUUUCUUUCGUUUUAUUUCUGUUUUCUUUAAUGUUAUCUUUCUUGCUUUUCGUCUCGUUCAUUAUGUUUUCUUUCUUGCUUGCUUUCUGUUUUUCGUGCUGUCUUUCUUUAUUUUAUUUUGCUUUAUUUUCCUUCUUUUUUCUUUUUCUAUUAUCUAUUUAUUCAUUUUGGCACCUUGCUCCGAUGGCAGGAAAGAAGGAAGGAAGGGUCCUUCCUUCUUUCCUGCCAUCCUUCGUCCCUUCCUUACAUCGUCCCUUCCUACCAUACUCCCUUCCACACUUCCUUCCUUCCCUCACUCCCUCCCUCCCUUCCUUCAGAAAUCAAUCCCUCCCUCCCUCCCUCCUUUCUUCCUUUCCUUCCUUCCUUCCUUCCUUCCGUCCUUCCUUCCUUCCUUCCUUCCUUCCUUCCUUCCUUCGUCCCUUCCUUACUUCAUCCCUUCCUACCAUACUCCCUUCCACACUUCCUUCCUUCCCUCACUCCCUCCCUUCCUUCCUUCAGAAAUCAAUCUCUCCCUCCCUCCCUUCUUUUUUCCUUUCCUUCCUUCCUUCCUUCCUUCCUUACUUCGUCCCUUUCUACAUUCCUCCCUUUCACACUUCCUUCCUUCCCUCCCUCCCUUCCUUUCUAAAUCCCUCCCCUCCCUCCUUCCUUCCUUCCUUCCUUCCUUCCUAAAUCUCCCUUCCUACCUCCUUCCCUUCCUUCCUUCCUUUCCUUCCUUCCUUCCUUCCUUCCUUCCUUCCUUCCUUCCUUCUAUAGCUAUUUUCUUCCUGUUUUCUGUCUUCAUAUCUUUCUUUCGUUCGUUCUUUCUUUCGUUAUUUCUUUCAUUCUUGCUAGCCUGCUUCCUUGCUUUAUUUCAUUCUUUUUCUUGCUUUCUGACUUGCUUGCUUUUUUCUUCCUUUAUUAUUUAUUUAUUUUCCACAUCUUGUUGUGUUUUUUCUGUUAUUUUACAUAUUCCUUUACUCUUUUCAAUUGUAUCUUUAAGUUGCUUUUUCCUCCUCCCUCCCUCCCUCCCUCCCUCCCUUCCUUCUAUAGUUCCUUUCUUCUUCACUUCCGUUCGCCUGAACAUUUGCUUUUCCUUCCUUCCUUCCUUCCUUCCUUCCUUCCUUCCUUCCUUCCUCCCUUCCUUCCUUUCUUCCGUCCGUCUGUCUGUACAUACCAAUUUUUAUUGCUAUUUCUUUCCUUAUUUGUUCAUUAAUUAUUAUUAA